UUGUUCUAUCUGUGUCGUCAUAUUCGUGAAACCAGAUAGCUAUAAACAAAGAUGGUGGAUUGUGAAAAUACUAAUAUUACCUGAAAGAUUAUAAGUAACACCUUUCAUCGGUGGUACUACUCUCACAGCAAACAAAAUGUCAAAAUUGGAAUUGUUGAAUAUAUUUCUCACUGAGAGAUUAACCGCGGCUGCCGAGGAGAUAUUUGGGGUUGUGAAGGGGACGAUAGUUGAGUACCAGACAGAAAUCGUUCGCUCCAAGGAGGAGAACAAUCGUCUCCGAAAGCUGCUGGAUAUCGCUGUCCAGCGCGUUCUACUCCAAACAGACCACCAUGCUAUCCAUCUCACUGAAGAUGCAUCUUCCCCUGAGCAGCAGCACUGUGAGCAGGAGUGGAGCCCUGGUCUGGGCCAGGACCCAGAGCCCACACAGAUUAAAGAGGAACAGGAGCUCAGAAUCAGCCAGGAGGAAGAGCAGCUUCAGGGUCUGGAGUCUGAUACCAAAGGAGAGUCAAUAUUAACUCCUCCCUUUGUUAAAAGUCACUGUGAUCAGGACCCACCUCAGCCUUCACAUCUUCCACAUACCCAAACUGUGGACAUCAGAGAAGGAGACUCUUUAGCCAGAACCAUAUCUUAUAAACAGAUCAAAAUAGAGAAUGAAGGAGAAGGCUACAGCACAUCAGAACCAACCAUUGACUUACAGCCCAUCUUCACCAUGAAUUCAGACUGUCUUGCAGCUUCGAGUGAAAACUGUGCCCAACCCAAUAUCAACAAUAGAAUUCAGAGAGAAGGACUCCCAGUAUAUAAGGCCCCACAGCCACAGGGAACAAGCAGUGCAUAUGAAAGAGAAAGUAUAGGUCUACACAUAGAUGUUAGAGGCCAGAACACCUUAAAGCUGCCUCAACAGAGAUCCCCCUAUCAACCCCAGGGCAUACAGAGAGUGUAUCGUUGCAGAGAGUGCGGGAAAUGCUUCAGUUUCUCCUGUCAGUUAGAGGUCCACAUGCGAUGGCACACCAAGGAAAGACCAUUCAGCUGCUCUGUGUGCAGAAAAGGCUUCACAACCAUCAGCAUGUUGAGGAGGCACCACCGCAUUCACACUGGAGAGAAGCCCUUCCGCUGUCACAUCUGUGGGAAAUGUUUCAACCAGUCGGCUCACCUGAACACUCACUUUAAAAUUCACCCAGGGGAGAGACCACACGGCUGGAAAAUGGCUCGGUCAAAACGUUAACAGCAGAGACAUCUACGCUCACUCUUGAAAUUAAGUUCUUAGCACAGAAGGAGAGUAACAUGUAAAUCUGGGCAGUUUAAUUAUUGGCCAGGAUUUAAAACACUAGAAGAAUCAGUGAUUGAACAAUGCAUUACAAUACAGUGGGGGAAUGGGAAUACCUUUUGAGUAAUGAAAACUGUUUUUCACUGAUCCAUGUGAUUGUAUUGCUGCAUGCGUCAUCAUCUGAAGCCUUGCGUGCGGCCAUGCUUGGUUCAGCGCGAACAUGAGGAUAUGAAUACUGCCAGUAGCUGUAUAUAUGUUGACUGAUGAGUGUUGUUCUUUUGUAAUUACACUACAAAUUUUACAGGAAGCAGAGGAUAGAAUCUGUCUUAUUUAGUAGAUGCAGACCAAUCCAUUUAUUUGAUCAUCCUCAUCUAUUUCCCCUUAGGACUUGGACCUGACUGCUGGUCUGUGUGACUAUCCUAUUAGGGUCUUGACAGUUAUCUCUGAUGAAAUUACUGUGUUAAAAUGUGUUCCGUACUGAAUGUUAACUGUUUUUUAAUAAAUAAUUGGUCUAAUG